UAGAUUUUCAGAGAGUUCAGUUGAAGUUUACCAGUUCUGUACAUUUAGCUCAGCUUGCUUCUGUUUAUUGUAAGGUUUUAAAAUUAAUAAGCAGUAAAUUCAAGACAGUUUUAAUUUUUGUGUUUUUGUCCAGUGUGUCUGAGACUUAUACGCAGUGUUCUCGGUCUGUAAUGAAGGCGUUACGUUGUCCAUUCCUGACACGCGUAAGCGUGAACCAGAUAUCCCAGAAUGCCCGGAGCUUGCUGACCAAUCAUGUGGGCAGCUGCCCGAUAAUGACCCGGAUGAUGUCCACUGCCCAGCUGGCUGAUCUCAAUGAGGCACAAGCUACAUUUAGCUCUGAUGUGAAGAAGUGUCCAUUCAUGGCAGGGGCUGUGAAGGCUGAACAAAGCUCCCUCAACUUGGAAACAGUCCAGCCAAUCAGUGACAAGAUUGCAGAGAUAGAAAAUCCCGAGGCACCAGCCAAGAAGGAAAUAAGGCCCACACAGAGGGCACAAGAGGCCCUGAAGCAGUUUAUGAAGGUCUCUCCUGUAUUGGAAAAUGUUGAGGCAGAGAGGGGACAGGCAAAGUCAGAGGCGGCUCCUAUGCCGGGCCUAAAGCCCGAGCUACCUAGGAAAGAAGGGAAGGAAACAGAGCGUUUACCCAGAGGACCUUCAGAUACAAGCCAGCUGUUCAACUAUGACAAGUUCUUCAACACACAGAUUGACAGGAAGAAGCGUGAUCACUCGUACCGUGUGUUUAAAAAAGUUCAGCGAAAGGGCCCCAAGUUUCCGUACGCGGAGGAGUUUAGCGGAGCCCGGAAGGACAUCAGCGUUUGGUGCAGUAACGACUAUCUCGGCAUGAGCUGGCAUCCCAAGGUCACGGAGGCUGUCCACAAUGCCUUACUGGAGCAUGGGGCUGGUGCUGGUGGAACGAGGAACAUCUCCGGGAAUUCUCCCUUGCAUGAAGAACUGGAAAGCGAAAUUGCCUCCCUCCACAAGAAAGAUGCCGCCCUGGUGUUCACGUCUUGUUUUGUGGCCAAUGACUCUACACUGUACACCCUCGGCAAGUCCAUUCCUGGUGUGCACAUAUUCUCGGACCAAGGUAACCAUGCCUCUAUGAUCCAUGGAAUACGUACGAGCGGGGCACCGAAGCAUAUCUUCAGACAUAAUGACCCGGAACAUCUGGAGAAGUUGCUCAGUGAGAUCGACCCCUCCGUGCCCAAGAUUGUGGCCUUUGAGACAGUCCAUUCAAUGGAUGGUGCUGUAUGUCCUCUGACGGAGCUAUGUGCUGUGUCACACAAGUAUGGUGCUUUGACAUUUGUAGAUGAGGUUCAUGCUGUCGGGUUGUACGGGCGGAACGGAGCUGGGGUCGGGGAGAGGGACGAGUGUAUGGACAAGUUGGACAUCAUCACUGGAACUCUAGGCAAGGCAUUUGGCAAUAUAGGAGGGUACAUCGCUGGCUCCGCAAGUACAGUGGAUAUGAUACGGAGCUACGCGGCCGGGUUCAUCUUCACCACGUCCCUGCCCCCCACCACUCUCGCGGGAUCACUGGCUUCUAUUAAGGUGUUGCGGAGUGACGAAGGUCGACAGCUGCGGUUCCGUCACCAGGAGGCCGUUCGCUACCUCCGGGAGAGACUAGUGGAGGUCGGGAUACCUGCCCUGCACUGCCCAAGCCACAUCAUUCCUGUACAUGUAGGGGAUGCUGCCCUGGCCACGAAACUGAGUAAUGACCUACUGACGGACCACCAGAUCUAUAUUCAGGCCAUCAACGCCCCAACAGUGGCCCUGGGUCAAGAGCGACUCCGUAUCGCUCCCACCCCCCACCACACCACUGAAAUGAUGGACGAUCUAGUGGACCGCCUCGUGCAAGUUUGGAACAAAAAUGGCCUCGAUCUUCAUAACAACGUCUGCCCAAAGUCAUGCGAGUUUUGUCGCAAGCCCCUUCAGUUUGAGCGAUUCUUCUCUCGUGACCCAAUCUGCCAGCGAUCCAACUGUACCUACUCCUCGCUCCAGAGCACGCUCCUCACGGCUUGAACAUCUCAAAAAGGAAUGCGGAAAACAUGACACUAUUAAUAGAAAUUUUCAUAUUUUAUAACAGCUUUUGUUAUUUCCUUGAAUUAAAUCAAAUGAUUAAAGUGAAAUAAGAAAUGUCACAUCUUCCUGACUCACGUAAAAGCCUAUGACCUGCAAUAUUUUUUUAGCCUACCCAGUGGUCAUUAUGUAAUCUUUUUUUAUUAUGUAAUUAAGUUGUUAGGAAUUUAAAAAAUCCUAAUUUUUUUUAAUCUUCUUGUUUUUUUCAUUAUGGAAAGAAGUGGUAAGGAAUUAAAACAAAUCCUCAUUUUUAUUUAAUCUCCUUAUUUUUUCAAUACAGAAUUAAGUGGUUAGAAAAUAAAAGAAAGCUUUUUUUUACAGUGACCAGACAUUAGAAGUUUAAUUUUGUUCUGAAAGUGAUCUGUUUUUCAAAAAAUAAAGACAAGAUAUUGUCAAAAGCCUUGUUGUCAGCAGCAGCAAAAUUGUGCAAAAACAGGAACCUUGUCAUACCUAAAAAACGUUAAUAUAUGUGUUAAUAGUUAAAAUAUGGGUCACAUAUCUCUGACUUAAUAAUACCACAUUUUUGCCCCUUAAUUGAAUAAAAAAAAAAGAUGAGCGUUAGCCCCAUUUGUGGUGCUCUUGUUACACAUAAAAGACAAAAAACGAAACAAAAUCAUACAUUUUCUCAAUUUUAUUGUGGUAUCAGGUGGUGGGAAAAGUAUUUUAUUCAAAUGACUCUAUUUGGCACUCAAUCAUUUAAUUGACCGAUAAAGGAAUUUUAUCUUGUUAAUAAACAUAAUUGUACAAUCCAAAGAUUAUGUUAAGCACCCCUGACAAAUGAAAUGGUCAAGCGAGGCUUCCAUUCAGUGUCAUGUUAAUUACAGGAUGGAAUAUACAGAGUUCAAGAUCAAUGUCUCUUACUGUAGUAGAAUGUUUUCGUAACCAUGACAACUGGUUGGAAACAAUCAUUUUUAUCUCUCUUCAAUGGAUGUAUCAUUAUGUUAUCAAUAUCAUUUGGUGGUUGUUAUUGUGUUGUAUAGGUAUCUUUUGUGAUAUUUGUUCUAUUAAAGCUGUGAUGUUAUUGUUGAGCAGCGACAUUGGACUGGUUAGGAAAUUUAAAGGGAGUAGACACCAGAUGAUACUAUUGCAAGGAAAAAAAGAGGAAAUACUGUAUUUGCUGAUUUUGGGACCAUCUGGUGUCUAGUCCCUUUAAUAUAUGUUAUUAUGUUAUGAAAAUUGGUUACUAGUUAUUAAGAGUUUAUUUUGAAAUAUUAAAGUUGGUGCUUAAAAUACACAGUUACUUCAUAUGCUGGCAAUGAAAUGUGGUUUAGUAAUCUAUGUUUUUCAAUAGUUAACUUAGCCAUAAAUCCUUACCAAAAUGUUUAAAUGCAUGGUGAAAAAAAUAGGACAAGUUUUUAUAUAGAGCUUUUAAUAUUUUAUUUUCAAAAAAUUUUGAAUGCAUUUUUAUGCGGUGGAGGUUUACUUAAUCAUUUUUAAUGUAUCACUUUCUUCUUCUUUUCAUGCAAAUCAAAAUGAUUUAAUUUAACAAAUUUAUUUUAUGCUUUAUAAUUGUAGCAAAUGAUAGGUGUAUUCAAUUUAAACUUAAUUACAUUAGUAGAAAUAUUGUAAUCAGAUCAAAUACUUGUUAAAACCAAACAUUAUUUAAUUUAACAAAAUUAUUUUAUGCUUAAUAAUUGUAGCAAAUGAUAUGUGUAUUCAAUUAAAACUUAAAUACAUUAGUGAAAGUAUUGUUAUCAGAUCAAAAUACUUAAUACGUAAUAUGAAUAAACUGAAAUUUUACCAAUUGUCUCAAAUAAGGAAUCCACAUUUUUAUUUUGUCAUUUAAAAAAAUAACUAAGAUUAAAUUUGUAAAAAGAAUUUAGUAUGGGUGGAUGAGUUCCCAUUUAAAUAACACUUGUAUUAUUAUUGUCAUGUAUGUGUGAUAAAUUGUUAAGUUGUCUUUCAUUUUUAUGUUCAUAGUUGCAUAUUGUGUGUCUUAUUUUUAAACAGUUAAUGUUAAGAUUUUAGUAUUUAAGUCUUAUGCUGCAAAGAUGGCGCCAUUUUUGAUAAUUAAACAAGAGAAUUAAUAAAAAAAUUGAAAAAAGCUUAGAAACAUCAACAAAUUAUAGACAAGUUACAGAUAUGGUCUCCAUUUGUUAUCUAGGCACUACAUUGAGAAAAAAAAUGGUGAAAGUGCAAUACCAUAAACUUUCUUUGUUUGUUUCUGGUGUGUAGUGUAAUAUAGCUCUAUAAAUCACAUUGUGCUGGCCCUGGACUCAUUUUCUUUAAAGUUCUUAAGCUUAACUGGCUGGUUAAAGUAGCUUAUUAUAGCUUGUAACAUAAUAUGUAAUGACUUAUUAGUUGAAAUAUAAAAAAGAAACUAAUCUCUUAUUAAUUUCUUAAGGAAUUCUUUUUAUUUUCCAGAAAUGACUUGAUACUUUUCAGUUAGUUCUAAAAUAUGUCUUCGUUAAAGUGCUUCUUUGCUAUUUUCUAUCAAGUUGAAAUAAAAUGUACAUGUACUUGAUAAUCUCACAGAAUAGCUGACCAUUAUGAUGUCAUGUCAUGGUAUGUUUAACUUCAUGUACUUGUUAAUCAGGCCCCAAUUUCUCAAAACUUCUUAAGUCCCUUAUAACAGGAUUAAGCUGAGCUUACUUUUUUGUCUUUAAAUAAUUUGCGUAAUAUUUACUUCUUUAAGAGUCUUUAUACUUUAUAUAAGAAUUAUCUUUAUUAUUUUCACAAUAAACCAUUUUUCAUUUAUCAAAAUCCAAUUUAAGGAUAUUUUUUUACUUGUUUAAGUAACCUACUUAAGACUUGAGAACUUUCGAGAAAUUGGGGCCUGUUGUUACGUUGAAACAGCUGCCUUUCAACAGGCGUGUUGCAUUUAUGUUGUGUUACGAUCUCUGCCCGUAGUGGAGAAGAUGUUUAAUUUCACGGGGCAUAUUUUAUACUUGAUCUUUUUCAAAAUAAAUAUUUUUUAGCAAAUUACUUGUGGAACAUCCUUUUAUAAAACUGAAUACAAAUGAUUCAUUCCGAAUAUUUAAUACAAUUGAUAACCAGAACUGAUUUAUUCAAAUAAAGCUUAAUAAAUUA